GGCUGUAGGAAUGUAGGGGCAAAAUUGGAAUUUCACAUUACGUCAUUCGCCCUGAUGCUGAAAAUCAUUUCGCCUCAACACUCUCUGUGAAUCGCGGACUUUGAGAGAUUUCUUCCUCCACGCUCAGGAAUGGCUGGAAAUUUCGGAUUUCUGAUCCUAGGACUUCUAGUGUUGACUUCGAUUUGUGAAUCGGCCAUCGUCAGUCCUGUGUCGGAAUCUCAUCGAUCUGCUGCUUCGGAGCUCUUCUUACCCACUGAUGGGGCUUUCGGGAGCCUGGAGGAUACAUACGAGGCGCUAAGGACAUAUGAUGUUCUUGGAAUUGAAAAGAAAUCUAAUAUAAGAUCAUCUGCCUGUAAAUCUGUGGCCGAAACCCUAUCAUCGACUUCUUCAGCUUUAAAGGAUUUAUUCUAUGCAUUAAAAGUAAAUGGAAUACUCAAGUGUGAGCUGGAUAAUGUUGCUUUUGAGGGAAUUGAAUCUAGACUUAAGGAUUCUCUAAAAGAAGCCAAUUCACUUCUUGACUUUUACUAUUCGAUAGGGAGUUUGGUGCUUAUAAAGGAUGCUUCUGGCUCUGACAUUCAUCUCGAAGAUGCUGACAAAGUUUUUCGCUCUAUAAAGGCUCUCAGUCAGAGUGAUGGACGCUGGCGCCUUAGUUCCAACAAUCCCGACUCCAGUAAUGAUGCUGCUGGGGUAGCUUUAGAAGCUCUAGCUGGAGUUAUUUCCUUAGCAUCUUCUGAGAUCGAUCAAUCUUUGAUUACCACACUGAAAAAUGACAUCGUAAAGCUUUUUGAUGGCAUUGAAAGAUAUGAUGAUGGCAGUUGUUAUUUUGAUGAGAAAAUAGUUGAUGCACAUGGGCACCAGGGUCCCCUUUCAGCCUCAGCAUCAGUAGUUCGUGGAAUCACAGCUUUUGCCGCAGUUGCCUCUGAAAGUUUAAAUCUUCCAGGUGAGAAAAUAUUGGGUUUGGCUAAAUUUUUCCUUGGCGUUGGAGUUCCUGGAAGUGCCAAAGACUUGUAUUACCAAAUUGAUGCAUUGACUUACUUGGAAAACAUUAGGGGUUCUGUUCCUCUCAUUUUGUCACUACCAUCUACUGUCCUUUCCACUUCCAAGAAAGAUCAGCUAAAGGUUCGGGUCAGUACAGCAUUGGGUUCUCAUCCUCCUCCUCUCUCAGUCAAGCUCAGACAGAUUUUUUCCUCCAAUUCGAAAGAUGCCUCCGUCAUAGACCAGAAACUCAAGUUUGAUCCUAGCACUUCAGUGCAUGUCUUGGAAACAUUACCAAAUGGCGUUGAUGUUGGAAGCCAUGUCUUUUCUUUCGAGGUUAUAUUUGAUGACCCAGAAAGUAAGAAAAACUACGUGACUGGUGGGCGUAACAAAGUACCUAUUCAUGUUACUGGAGUCAUUAAGGUUGAUGCUUCUGAGAUUGCAGUUCUUGAUAGUGAUCUUGGCAGCGUUGAAACCCAGAAAAAGCUGGAGUUACCGGGAGAAAAUGCUGUUUCUCUAUCAGCUAACCACCUUCAAAAGUUGCGGCUGUCCUUUCGCCUGACUUCUCCUUCCGGACAUGCUUUCAAACCUCAUCAGACAUUCCUCAAGCUUAAACAUGAGAGUGGAGUUGAACACAUCUUCUUGGUAGGAAACACUGGGAAGAAAUUCGAGAUUAUAUUAGAUUUUCUUGGACUUGUCGAGAAGUUAUUCUAUUUAUCGGGAACUUACGAUAUUCAACUUACAGUUGGAGACUCUGCCAUGGAGAACUCUUUCUUGCAACAUUUGGGCCACAUUGAAUUAGAUCUCCCGGAGGCUCCCGAAAAGGCUGCUCGUCCUCCACCACAACCUGUCGAUCCAUACUCUAGAUAUGGCCCUAAGACUGAAAUCAAUCACAUAUUUAGGGCUCCAGAGAAGCGACCCCCCAGGGAGCUUUCCCUUGCUUUCCUUGGCAUUGUUCUCGUCCCACUUUUGGGCUUCUUGGCAGGGCUUCUUCGCCUUCGUGCUAACCUUAAAAGCUUCCCCAAGUCAUCUGUUCCCGCAACCUUUGCCUUACUUUUCCACGCGGGCAUUGGCGCAGUUUUAUUGCUCUACACACUCUUCUGGCUCAAGUUGGAUCUUUUCACGACAUUGAAGGCGCUCGGGUUGUUGGGAAUGUUCUUGAUGUUCGUCGGGCACAAGACUCUCUCGUACUUGGCAUCCACAUCGUCCAAGUUGAAAUCUGCUUGAGGAGUACUGAUGCUCUCUCUUCCUUGUUCCCAGUGAUCUGAUCUGAAAUGAAACUGUGCUCGGGAUUUGGAUUCAGGUUCGAGUUUGGAUUCGGAUUCGGAUUCGGGUUCCUCUAGACGAGUAAGUUAUCUAAUAGCUAAAAAAUUUUGUGAGGCAGAGGACCAUCCCAAUUGUUGGAGGCAAAAAAAUAUGACAUUAGUGAUUUUACAGAGCUUUUUUAUGAGUAUGUUAUUACAUGUUUUGAAUUUUUGUUGAA